AUGCCGAAGAGUGUUGAAAAGGAACUCAUCAAAAUACAAAGAAAUUUUCUCUGGGGUUGGGGAUCUGAAGUUAAGAAAAUAGCAUGGGUAAGUUGGGAAAAUAUUUGUAAGCCAAAGGAGAUGGGGGGUUUAGGUAUUAGAGAUAUUGGGAACUUUAACACAGCGCUCCUAGCCAAAUGGAAGUGGAGAUUGGGAGUGGAAGAUCAUGGAGUAUGGAAACAGAUCUUGGAUUCAAAGUAUGGUUCAUGGAGGGUACUCAAUGAAGCUAAUACCUCUAGGGCAGCUUCAAAGUGGUGGAAAGACAUCCACAAAGUGUGUGGAAAUACUGAGAGUGGGCGUUGGUUUGACAACUGCAUAGAGUGGGUGAUUGGUGAAGGAAAAAAGGUCAAACUUUGGGAAGAUAAAUGGAUAGGGGAAGAAUCACUUUGUCAUAAGUUCCCUAGACUGUACUCUAUAUCAGAAUGUAAAGGAAAAUCACUACAAGAGGUAGGACAUUGGGAAGAGAACGAAUGGAUUUGGGAUCUAACUUGGAGGAGACAGAGACUAUUAUGGGAGACAGUGUUGGAGGAACAAUUCCUUCAAAUACUCAUCAACCGAAGCCCUACUAAAGGGAAUCCAGAUAUGUGGAAAUGGAAGGAAGAAGGGGAAGGUAUAUACACAGUUAGGUCUGCUUAUAAUAGACUGCAAGGAACCCGUGAUGGGGGAGAGAAUAGAGUGUUUGAAAUUUUGUGGAAAAUGAGAGUUCCGCCGAAGGUAAAUGCAUGGGUAAACAGAUGA